AUGUACGUUACAUCUAUUAGUGAUGAAGUUCAGUUCUCGAUUUCUCAUUGUUAUGGAGAAACCGCUGGAACAGGCAAAACAGAAACAACCAAAGAUAUGGCUCGAACAUUAGGAAAAUAUUGUAUCGUACAAAAUUGUUCUGAUCAAUUUGAUUAUCGUGGUCUUGGUAAAACAUUUAAAGGUUUAGCAAUAAGUGGUUGUUGGGGAUGUUUUGAUGAAUUUAAUCGAAUAAAUUUACCUGUUCUAUCUGUCGCAGCACAACAAAUUCAAUGUUUAUUACAAGCAAAACGUGAAAGACGUAAAGAAUUUCUUUUUACUGAUGGUGA